AUGGCCAAAGCAUCGGCCUCGUCUCCGCCCGCGUCUUCGCCCGCAUUGAAGCGCGCAACACCCAAUACGCAGAACAUGCGCAGUCAGAAGUCCAUCCUGGGGUUUUUCCAGAAGUCUUCGCCUGCGACACCUUCCGCAAAUCGCACACGUGAACCCGCCUCGUCUCCAGCCCAGAGAGCCGCUGAACAGCGUGGCGGAAGCGCGGCGAAGCCAACCCCGAAAGAUCAAAAGAGGAGCUUUUCGAGCUUUGCUCAAGACUUGAGUCCCGUUCCAAGUAGUGAUAUUCCAGUCCCAGAUGAUGAGGAGGAGAGUGGAAAUGGUGUAAAGACUACCGCGGUGGAAGAACAAGACUCCAACAUGUCGCCUUCACGUCGAGGCAAGAAGAAGGUCAGCUACAAGGAGUCAGACUCCGAGGGCGAAGACGACGAUGAAGUCAUCUUCCGUCCCAACCGCAAAGACCGCGUCGGUGGUCGUGCGACUAAGAGAAGAAGGACGGAACCGGAGAGUGAGGAUGAGUUUAAUGACGUGGAAGGAGAUGCAGAGAUCUCGGAUGAUGAAAUGGACGAUUUCGUCGUAGCAGAUGACUCUGAUGAAGAAAUCGCACCGUCCAAAAAGCGGAAGAGACCUACCACACAAUCGGCACGCAAGCCUUCAGCCAAAUCCUCGCCCCUGCCCGCCCCUCCCUCCUUCGACGAAGACCUAGACAUGGAACUACCGGAGGGCGAGGGCUCAGCUGGAACCGCGAAGAAGUGGGCAUUUGACCCUGAAAACAAGGAGCCUCGGAAGGAGAGAGCUGUCUCGUCUACCAAAACACCGGCAAGCACGAAGAAGGAAAAGGCCCACAUCAAAGAACCAGAGCAGCGUUACUCAUGGCUAGCUUCGCUCAAGGAUAUCGACGGUAAUCCAAAAGGACACCCCGACUACGACCCUCGUACAGUUUACAUUCCUCCCAUGGCAUGGAGCCGGUUCUCGCCUUUCGAGAAACAGUACUGGGAAAUCAAGCAGAAAUUCUGGGACACCGUCGUUUUCUUCAAGAAGGGAAAAUUCUACGAGCUCUAUGAAAAUGAUGCCACUAUUGGGCACCAACUCUUCGAUCUGAAGCUCACGGACCGAGUGAACAUGCGUAUGGUCGGUGUCCCGGAGAUGAGUUUGGACCACUGGGCGAACCAGUUCGUGGCCAAGGGCUACAAGAUCGCUCGCGUGGAUCAGUCUGAAUCUGCUCUUGGCAAGGAGAUGCGCGAGAGGGAGGGCAAGAAGCCUGCAAAAGAGGACAAAAUCAUCAAGCGAGAGCUUGCAUGUGUUCUUACAGCGGGUACCCUGGUCGAGGGCUCCAUGCUCCAGGAUGAUAUGUCCACCUACUGUGUUGCUAUCAAGGAAGCCAUCGUUGACGAACUUCCCGCAUUCGGUAUUACAUUCGUUGAUACUGCCACGGGUCAAUUCUUUUUGUCUGAGUUCGUGGAUGAUGUGGACAUGACCAAGUUUGAGACUUUCGUCGCGCAGACCCGUCCCCAAGAGUUGCUUUUGGAGAAAUCAUGUGUCUCCACCAAGGCCAUGCGCAUUCUCAAGAACAACACUAACCCAACCACAAUCUGGAACUUCAUGAAGCCCGGAAAAGAGUUCUGGGACGCAGACAUCACUAUUCGCGAACUUGAGGCAAGUGAUUACUUUGUCUCUCCCGAUGAAGAUAACCUCACAGCUUGGCCAGAAGCCCUUCGUCAAGCCCGUGAGAAGGAGUUGUUAAUGUGUGCAUUCGGUGCCAUGGUUUCCUAUUUGCGACUGCUCAAGAUUGAGCGGGACUUGAUCACCAUCGGAAAUUUCACAUGGUAUGAUCCCAUCAAGAAGGCGACUAGUCUCGUGCUAGAUGGUCAAACUCUUAUCAACAUGGAAAUCUUUGCAAACUCCUUUGAUGGUGGUGUCGAAGGAACACUGUUCCAGCUUCUUAACCGGUGUAUCACACCGUUCGGAAAGCGGAUGUUCAAGCAGUGGGUGUGCCACCCAUUGGUGGAUGCAAAGAAAAUAAAUGCUCGACUCGACGCCGUUGAUUCAUUGAAUGCCGAUCCCAGCACUCGAGACCAAUUCUCGUCGCAGUUGAUCAAAAUGCCGGACUUGGAACGCCUGAUCUCCCGCAUCCACGCUGGAAACUGCAAGGCCCAGGACUUUGUUCGUGUUCUUGAAGGAUUCGAGCAAAUCGACUAUACCAUGGGUCUUCUGAAAGAAAACGGCGCCGGCUCAAGUGAAAGUAUCAUUGGAGAACUGACGACCGCCAUGCCUGACUUGGCGUCCCUCCUCGGAUACUGGAAGACUGCCUUUGACCGACCAAAGGCAAAGGAGAACGGCAUUCUCGUUCCAGAAACCGGUGUUGAGGAAGACUUUGACGACUCUCAGGAAAUCAUCGAGGGGCUGCACAAGGACCUUGAUAACCUACUGAAGAAAGCUCGACGUGAUUUGGGUUCAUCUGCCAUUUGUUUCCGAGACAACGGCAAAGAGAUCUACCAGCUCGAAGUCCCGAUCAAGGUGAAGAACAUCCCUAAGGAUUGGAACCAAAUGUCGGCCACCAAGCAGGUCAAGCGGUACUACUUCCCGGAGCUGCGCAGUCUCAUUCGUAAGCUUCAAGAAGCGCAGGAAACACACGGGCAGAUUGUUAAGGAAGUCGCUGGUCGAUUCCAUGCUCGCUUUGAUGAGCACUAUGGCACAUGGCUGGCUGCUGUCCGGAUUGUUUCGCAGCUUGACUGCCUUAUCAGCUUGGCUAAGGCUUCUGAGGCCAUCGGCCAACCCAGCUGCCGCCCGGUCUUUGUCGAUGAUGAGCGGAGUGUCCUUGAGUUUGAGGAACUCCGUCACCCUUGUCUUUUAUCCUCUGUCGAAGACUUUAUCCCCAACGACAUCCAGCUCGGUGGCGAGCACGCCAGUAUCGAUUUGCUGACUGGUGCUAAUGCGGCCGGAAAGUCGACUGUCCUGCGAAUGACCUGUGUUGCCGUCAUCAUGGCUCAAAUCGGCUGCUACCUCCCGUGCCAAUCCGCACGAUUGACUCCAGUCGAUCGCAUCAUGUCCCGUCUGGGUGCAAACGACAACAUCUUCGCCGCUCAAUCGACAUUCUUCGUCGAACUAUCAGAAACCAAAAAGAUCCUCUCCGAAGCCACCCCCCGUUCCCUCGUCAUUCUGGACGAGCUCGGUCGCGGAACCAGCUCCUACGACGGUGUUGCCGUGGCACAAGCUGUACUCCAUCACAUCGCGACGCACAUUGGCGCACUGGGCUUCUUCGCAACGCACUACCACUCUCUCGCUGCGGAGUUCGAGCACCAUCCAGAAAUCGCACCAAAGCGCAUGGCAAUCCACGUUGACGACGUUGAGCGCCGUGUCACUUUCCUGUAUAAGCUUGAGAAAGGUGUUGCCGAAGGUAGUUUCGGUAUGCACUGCGCAUCCAUGUGCGGCAUUCCAAGCAAGGUCAUCGAAUGUGCCGAAGACGCCGCUAAGCAAUGGGAGCACACCAGUCGACUCAAGGAAAGUCUUGAUCGCCAGAAGGGUGGUGCGUAUGUUGGUCUCGGAUGGUGGAGUGAUGUUGCCUGGGCUUUGCGUGAAUCUGUCACCGAUGAGAAAUCGAACACUGGCGAUGUCACUGAUCGUGGUCUUGAUGUCUUGAUGAAGGCCAUCGAGGCACUUUGA